GCGAGCGGCCCGAGCAAUCCUUUCAGUUCAGUGACGGUAUGUGCGGUGAUGCAUGGGCAGAAUAACUGUAGGCGGUUGAUGAUGCGCAUGUGUCACACUGGUUGCAUACCUUUCGAGAUGGGCGCGCACGCACACACAGCCAACAUACGCCCUCUUUCCGUGGAUGGAAGCACACAGGCGGUCGGAACACAGGCUGUGGAUCCCAGCAGCAUAGAGAUUGCUUUGCUGCUCGUGAAGAGAGAUGUUGUUGUAGUUUUUAGCAGAAUAAAUCAGUUUUGUCAAAAGUUUUUCAGUUUAGCAUUCAUAGAAAUCUCAAGUGUCCUCAGUACCUACAACGAGUGCAGCAGAAAGUGUAAUUUUCGAUAAAGAAAACAGUGAAAAAAUAUGUAAUCAGGAUCGCCCAUCGUUUGCGGGUGUAAACUUUGUUAAUUCCAUCAGAAAAAAAUUCGUGCGGUGUAUAGAAAGUAAGCUGUUUUAGACGGGAGUUGAGUAAUUUGUGCAAUUUGUUUACUUUGGAAGUGUCACCGAGCAGUAACAUGACGCCACGAUCCCAGUGACCAUUGUCAUAGCGCGAUAGUGAAGAUAGUUUCUAUUUGUUACCAGUGAUGAGGUGAUGAUUCUGUUUCGUUGACCGAGAAAGCAUCUGAUUUCACAUCGUAGUAGACGGUGUGCGCUAUCAUACAUUGCACUAGUUAAUUAGUGCUAUUUUUUUGGGUGUUGUACGUGCAAAUAGUAGGCUUAGUGUAAAAAUGCCUGAUCACGAUAUUGAGAUAAUAACAAGCGACCAGUUGCACGUUGAAUUGCGAAAGUCGCACAAGAAUUUUAUCAUCCUCGAUUGCCGCAGUUCAAAUGAGUUCGCCGAGAGUCACAUCCGUACGGCGGUCAAUUUCAGCAUUCCGAGCAUAAUGCUGCGGCGGUUCGCCGCUGGUAAGAUCGACAUCACCUCGACGAUCAAGUGUCGCGAUUUGAAGGAACGGAUACUGUCCUGCUACAAGGAGAGUACCUUCGUGUUGUACAACAACAGCAACGACGUGGUGAUCAACGAUCCAGGAUACAAUAAUCAGACGACGAAUGACACUACAAUCAACGUGUUGCACAGAAAACUUAAGCAAGAUGGCUGCCGUGUGGUGUGUCUUGAAGGCGGCUAUGCGAACUUUCGGCAGUCGUUUCCGGAAUGGUGCGAGGAUGAAGUCAUAAACGCUAACCUGCAGUCGGGAUGUGCCGCUACCGAACAACUGAUGGGAUUGAGAGCCGACGGCCACUCUGGAAGCGGUCCGGUGCAACACCAUCGGAAGCUGAUCCGGAGAUCGGUUGGCGCUGCGCUGCCGCUGUUCGCAUAUCCAUCGCUCCGCAUAUCCAUUCCGUUCUCGGAUUCGGCCUGCAGCAGCAGCACCGAAUCAUCCGAUUGCGAAAGUACAACGAACUAUCUCGCAGAACCGGUCAAGGUCGAACCGGUGGAGAUUAUGACUGGCCUCUUCCUCGGAAACGCUUCCCACAGCGAGGAUAUUAAGUCGCUGAAAAAGUACAACAUUAAGUAUAUUCUAAAUGUGACUCCUGAUUUGCCAAAUGUUUUUGAACGCGACGGACAUAUAAAGUAUCUGCAGAUACCGAUCACCGAUCAUUGGUCCCAAGACUUGGCGGGACAUUUCCCCAAUGCCAUAAAGUUUAUCGAUGAAGCCCGUGCGAAAGGUGUCGGUGUGCUGGUACAUUGCCUAGCGGGUGUUUCCCGGUCGGUGACGGUGACACUGGCUUACAUCAUGUUCGCCCGAACGCUUAGUCUAAACGAUGCGUUCUCGCUGGUUCGAGCUCGCAAACCAGAUGUUUCGCCAAACUUCCACUUUAUGGAGCAGCUGGAUACCUUCGAACGCCAGCUGAACAUUGAUUCGAGCCAACGGUCCAAGUUGCUUCCAAGUGGUGGAGGAGGCAAUGGCGGCGGUGGUAGUGGUGGUGGUGGUGGUGGUGGCACCGGUGGUUGUUCUUCCUCCUCAACGCCUUCCUCAUCCUCUUUCAAUAGAGCGGAUUUCCCUUCCUCCAGCGGGCUGGGCCUACAACGUAACCUAUCUGGUGAUCAGCCUGGAUCACAAGAUCGAGGUGGUUCCGGUCCACGCACACACAUGGGCAAGUACAGCUGUACCUGCUUUGAGGUCGAGUGCAAAUGUACCCAGGCAGCCAUCGAACUGCUGGGACCGUUCAGCAGCGGCAUCUCGCCCGAUUCCGGCAUCGAGUUCGACCGUUGGACGCCUAGUAGUGACACGCCCAAAUGAGAUUUUGCCGUAGGGAAAAGAUUCACUCUUCCAGACCCGAUCCAACUGCAGUCGUCUUCGAUUGAACCGCAAAACCGCCAAAUGUCGCCAUCCUCCGAACAGCAGCAGUAGGUUUUAGCAGGAGCCGGGAUCUGAAAGGGAGAAUUUUUCUCUACACAUACCGUACUACGGGAGAAGGAGAAGAAAAAUCAGGUUUGUCCAAAAACCCAUAAUUUGUUGUAGCUAAAUGAGCAGAUUUUAAUGUAGAACAAUGUGACAUCGUUGAAAUUCUCUAGUAAGAGGAAACAAUUGCCUGGUGAUCAACAGUCCAUCAAUUUGUUUUUGGAACCUCAACAAACAGUGCGAAGGAAUUUUCUUCAAUCUGUCAACGGAAUUCAGUGCCCCAAUCGCGUAUCAGAGCAUUAGAAAACACUCAAAUGAAUCAAUAAUACACACACACACACUGUACCGAAGCAAAAUUGACGUGAGCAUCUCUCGAAUCGAGCAAAGCUUGCUUCGAUUAUCAAGCGACAAGUUCUUUUCUCGAGGUUUUGAGAUAUUUGAAGAUUUUUUUCUUUUCAUUCGACGCAAACGUAUCUCGGCUUAGCCGAGUCAGGGAAAACAUACUCAAAUUUGAACAACAGAAUUAUAACACAAUUUGUAGUAGAACAACGAUUUUUCUAAAUCAACAAAACUCAAAUGUCCGAUACGGAAAACAAAUAAUAAAUUGACUAACGCAGGGUUGCGGUAAGCUUUACGCCUAACCAACACACACACACAAAGAACAAAGUAACAAAGUGGACGCCAGGUGUUUGCUAGGUAUUUGCGAAAUGUACAAUUAAACAAUUACGUUACUAGCCGAUAAGUGAGGUGAACUAACCUUAAAAAACUUUUGAGAUACACAAAAAUUUAAGUAAUUGAAAAAAAAACAGAAUAACUUAUGAUGGUAAUUAAGUAACACUCGUGAAGCAUACGAAAGCCAAAAUAGUUUCGAGCUGAACGGACAGCAAUUAUUUAUAUUGACUUUGGAUUAUACUAUUGAUUACAAUCUAGAAAGCAAAUCAAUCCUGCUGCCCACCACAGCCGCGACUAGCCGAACAAUAACUAUAUUGUAUUCAUUGCAAGCAGCCAGUCGUGUAAAUGUUGAUCGAUUAAUACAGCAAAGUUGUGUAAUUAUUAAAUUUUAACGGGGCAACCGGGAUAAGCAGUUACUGUUCAAUCAAACAAAGCAAAACUUUAAUGAAUUCCAUUCUGACACAAAACAGAACAAAACCAAUUAUUAGUCAGCAGAAGAAAGCUACACUUAACUAAAGAGAAAGCACAUAGAUCGAACUGGAAACAAUUAUUUAAGCAAAUGAGGAUUCACUUUUCAAAAGUCUAAAUGCAAACUGUUCCAGAGUACUAUGAUAGUGAAAAAAAAAACAAACAAACUAAACUAGUAACGUGUCGCAGCUUUGCGAAUUCGCGAUUUUUUCUCAAUAAAACACUUGGAAGGAUACUAUUAAAAAUGAAAAGUUGUAGAAAUAUAUUCAUGAUAUUUAUGUCAGUAAUAAAA